AUGUGUGAAGCGAGGGCGUGGCCUCUCGCCGCCCGCCGCCUCGGCGGCCAAAAGGGGCAGAGUGCAGAGAGGCGAGAGUUCGGACAACGGCCACAGGGACGCAGAGUAGUGCCGACGAUGGACAGCCGGGUGGCAGCAAGUUUGGAGCAGCAACAGCAGGAACAAGACCUCGAAGAACAACAACGGAAGGAAGAUCUUGCAUGGGCCGAAGUCGGAUCGCCACUGCGCAGGGUGAAGAGGGGGAAACUUCGAGCCCCAAACCAUGUGUCGAUAAAGGAGGGCAGAUAUAUGAACUAUUACACUAACUACUUUUUCGAUUUACUGCCAAACUCAUUAAAAUCAGUUCCUGUAACGGAUAUACUUGAAGUUCGAUCUGGGUACAGCACUGACAACCUUCACAAAGCUGCGAAAAAAUACGAAUUCCAGGAAGCAGCACCGGAAUCCACUUGUUUUUCUGUGAUAUUCACUCAUGCCAAGUUUUUACACAAAUCGAUUGAUUUUGCUGCCAAUAAAAAGCAGGACCGUGAUCGAUGGGUCUCUGCAAUUUCGUACCUUAUCUCAAAGGUCAGGGAGCAAAGGGCUCAUUUCAACGAACAGGAAUGGAUUCUUCAGAAGUUCCGCGAAGCAGAUACCAACAAAAACGGGACACUCUCUUUCAACGAGGUCUGGUCUCUGCUCAAGAAACUAAAUCUGGAAAUCAGCGAAAAGUACGCUAGAGCCAUGUUUAGGGAAGCUGAAGAAAAAUCGACUCGUGACGGUGUGCUAGACGAGAAUGAGUUUCUUCGAUUCUUCGACUGUCUCACGGAACGCCCCGAACUGCACCACGUGCUGCGAAUGGCGAGCAGUGAAGGAGUGGAAGGAGUGACAGUGGCUGACCUCCAGAAAUUCCUCACCGAAGAACAAGACGUGAGUAACACAUGGCUAGGGAUCCUCUAG